AUGAAUUAUUUUUUUUCGGGCUCUCCAACUGAGUCUGGGCUUUCUUCUGUGAGUUGGACUCCUUUUGCAGAUCGGAUUCUCAAUUGGUGUAGGCUUCUGACUGUUGUUGGAGUUGGAUUCCCAGUAGGAAAGAGCUUGAGAUUCCUUCUUGACCCGGGUUGUCCAACUUGUAUAAAUACAGGGCUUCUCUUCACUCUUUCUUACAUCGCAAACUUAACUUCUCUACUUUCUAGCUUGAGAAAGAUCUUGGAGAAUUUUGUACUGCUUGUCGAAGAGAGGAGUUGCCGUGCAUCCCAAAGUAAGUCGAGCACGUAA